AUGGAGGCCUUUAAUAAGGCGAGUGAGGCUAUUUCGGCGAGGAAGGGUACCGCUACCUCAGCCGCUUCGGGGGACGAUGUUAUGAUAACUGGGAGUAGCCGCAAAAUGACGAUCAAAAGCGAGAUUGUUUCUUCUUCUCAGGGGAGAAGGCUGAGGGGUAGGAUGGCCACUCGAUCGUCUCCACGAGCUUUUGAUGCUGAACACACGGCUGGAGGUUUUUCCGAGGCUCUCAAAGACCUGAAUGCUAGUGUGUUUUUGCAGGAGAGUACCCCUUUCUCGAGUGGAGAUCCCGCGGAGGUGAUCCUAAUGCUUCAUGAGAGACUUCUUCAGGUUACUUCUCCAUUGCAUCGUUUGGGAACUCGAUUGCUGGAGGAGGAUGUGUCCUCAAUCAAGGAAGAAGCAAGGGAGUUGUCCCGUCAACUAUCUGAGGAGAAAAGCAGGAGGAUCGCUCAAGGAAUGGAGCUGCGUGAUCUUCAGACCAAUAUCAAGGCUAUUGAAGGAGCGGUGGAGACCUCUUCGUCGGAAGUUUUAACGCUAAGUCGUAGGAACCAAGAAUUGGAAGAGACUUUGGAGAGGCUGAGAACCGAGAGGAAGACCUUGGAGGACAUGAAAGUGAUGGCCGUGAAUGGGGUAAAGAUCAUCUCCCGCUGGGAAAUGAUGCGGGACUGGCUCGCUGGGCGGUCCCAUAGCUGGGACGUGGCCAGGGAGUUUGAUCGAUACAAGGCCGUGGUUAUUGUCGAGGCAAAGUUUAGAGGCGUGGAUCCUCCUUCUUUUACCGUUGAACCACAUCCUGCUUAG